AAUGUCUUCAUCAAACUGUUUCUUCCACAUUUCCAAUGUAAAGGCAUCUUCAGAGAAGCCAUUCGAAAUCAAGGUCGACUCCACUAUUGUCUUCUCCUCAACUGAAGAUAUUGAUAAAAAGACAGUCACUCACGACAUUCCCAUUCCAAAAUUUGCCUCUGUUCACAAUGUCUACAUGAACAUCCUUGCUCCACUCAAUGGAUUAGAUGAAUUGGAAAGAUACAAUCUGUCCAACAAGGGAACUCACUUUAUAAUUGAUCCAACCAGAUCUUCCAAUCCAGUCAAGCAAUGUUUCGAUGAAUCUGGUUCCACUCAAUCACCAAGUUUGAACACCACUAACACCUCUGGUUCAGCCUCUCCUCGCGCCUUGACUCCCACCAAAAAAACUACGGCCACUUCUACUUCGAGCAUUCUCGGCGUGAAAUCUACAGUAAAAUCAAGCCCUACUACUACAACUUCAUCAACAGCCUCUUCCUCCUCUCAGGCAACUAAUUCACCAAGACAACCAACAACUACCUCAAAUAUUAGAGUUCCUGUUUCAAGUGUUAAGCCAACAACUGAAAGUCAAUCUACUAGUAGUACAACUCCAAGACAAACUGGUGAUUUGAGCGGUAGAGGUGAAGUUAGUUUUGAAAGUGUUUUUGAUGGUGUUGGAAAUGCUGAAACAACCCUUACUUUCUGGUUGUAUGGUGUUGAAGCAUCUGUCAGAUAUCCAUUCAGAAUUUUGAUUGAUGGUUUUUGUCUUUUCAGAUGUGAACAUGAUGCUGAGAAAACUAAGGUUCAAAUCAAGGUUAAGGAACCAAAAUUCUCUCCAGAACACAAGAUUAAUUUGAGUGUUGAUAUGCCUAUGAAGACAGGUGUUACUAAUCAAGAUGUCAAGAGAAUUGUUAACGAAAAGCGUUACAAUUUGAGUGCAUCUGGAAAAUUCUUCCUGAUUGAUUUUGCAAAGAAGGAAGAUUCAACACAAUAUGCUAAAGUUAUUCAAAGCACAAUUGAAUCAUUCAGUGGUUAUGAGCAACCAGAACUUUAUGAAGAAAACAAAUUUGAAAAGAGAAAUGAUGACUCUACACCAGCAGUUCAAACCACAAUUUCAUCUACUCCACUUGUUUUUGAUGAAUAUCAAGUUGAUGCAUCAAAUUUAACUGCUGAACAAAGAGAAAAAUUGUUAAAGGUUCAAUCUUUAGAAGAUAAGGGAAUUUUGGAUAAGGCUGAAGCAGAUUUUGAAAGAAAGAAUAUUAUUGGAGACAACAAACUUUUGUCAUUCCCAAAGAAAACUCAAACUGUAGAUGAAAAACAACCAGAAAAGCAACCAGAACCUGUAAAACAACCAGAACCAGAAAUCCAAAAAGUUAAAACUCCAAGACAAGAAACAUCCACUGUAAAACAACCAGAAUUCAUUGAACUCAAACUCUUCCUCUGUAACAUUAAGGCCUCAUCAUCCCAACCAUUCCAACUCAUCUACAAACCUGAAAAUGCUGUCAUGAUUUCACUAACUGAGGACGUUUCUCCUGAAAAGAUUAUUUGUGUGAAGGGUGAAAUUCCAUCUAAUCCAAGUGGUGAUACUAUUGCUCCUCUUGUUAUUGACAUGCCAAAGGUUGGUGUCAAGCUUGAACACUCUUUGAACUUGAAGAAUGGUAGAUUUGCUAUGAUUGGUGUCAGUGACAAUACCGCUGGUAAGGUCGUUUGUAGACAACAAAAUGAUGAAAACUUUGAAGGUUUCAUUCAAGAUUCUGGACCAAAGGAAGAACCAUCCAAGAUUUUGGUUCACUUCUCUGGAAUUCCAGCCAGCACCGAACAGCCAUUCUUAAUUUACAUCAAUGACAAGCAAGCUUACAAACGUGAAGAACCAUUAAAGAAGAGACAAAAGGGAUGCAUCAAUGGAGACAUUCCAAAGAAUAAGCGUAUUAAUCCUGACAGUGAGGCAAACCACGUCGUUUCAGUUAAGGUUGAAGCACCAAUGGUUUCACCAAAUGCUAAGGUUGUAGCUGUUGAUUUGACAAAUAACGGAACUCAUGUUUUUGUAUCAUGCAACCAAGAAACAAAUGAAAUUAUUAUCAAGCAAGGACAUGAAGAAAACUCCAAGGAAGAAGAUUUGAGAGUUUGUGAAGAAGUUGGAGCAAACAAGUCUAUCAGCUCAGCACCUCAAACAGAACAACCAUCAGCAGGAAAGAAGCUCACAGAGCAAGAUAUUGAACUCUUGAAGAAAUUGGCUGAUUUGAAGAAUGCUGGUAUUUUAACAGAAACUGAAUAUGAAUUGAAGAAGAAGGAUAUUUUGUUUGGUAAUUAACCAAAUAUGUGUUUCAACUUUUGAUGAGGAAUCUUUCAAUAAAAACAAUAUCAAGCCUAAUUUCU